AUGCCAAAGGAGAGGCGGAGGUCGUUACGGGAGGCAGUGCUAGCCAGACCCAGGAUAAUCGACGGAUCAGCAAGGGAGCGCGAGGGAAACUUUAAAUCAGCACAGAUUUGUAAUGACCUGCAGGAGAUGGCGGAACAAAAUAGCUCCGCAGGUGGGCAAGUCGGAUUUCUCGCCAACGAUAAAGGCAUUUCACUGAGAGAAUGUCAGGUUCCUCAGGUAAUGAUUACCUCAGACGGUGAUGGAAGCCCACGGGAGAUGGAACAGGAUGAGAUGGACGAGGUGAAUGGAAGGCUCCGACGUAAACUCUCCAACUCCUCAAUUUCGUCGACGGGAUCAUCAACAGUGUUUGAGGAGUCGGAGGAUGACAUUCUCAGUGACAACGAGACUAAAACCAAGGGCAUCGUAACGUUAGAACAUUUGGAGGACACGGGAGAAAACAAACCCUGGUGGAAGCUGAAGACUGUCGUCCACUGGCCUCUGGUCGCAGCCCAGCGAAAACGUCUUUCCUGGGUCCAGUUAGCUGGCCAUAAAGGCAGUUUCAAAGCCGGGGACGAGGGCACCAUCCUGAAGAAGUUCUCGGAGAACGAAAAGCUGUGUUUCGAGCGACUGAAGGACGACGUGCUGUACGGCUUCGUGCCGAGGUACCAUGGCGUCGUGGAGCGGGACGGCGAGACCUUCCUGCAGAUGGCGGAUCUUCUGGCCACGUUCGACGGGCCGAACGUGAUGGAUUGCAAGAUGGGCGUCAGAACAUAUUUGGAAGAGGAGCUGGUGAGGGCAAGAGAAAGGCCAAAGAUGCGUAAGGACCUGUAUAAGAAGAUGAUGGAGGUGGAUAGUGAAGCGCCCACUCCAGACGAGCAGAGGCAGCAGGCUGUCACCAAACCACGCUACAUGCAGUGGAGGGAGAGCAUGAGCUCCACCAACACACUGGGCUUCCGUAUUGAAGGCAUUAAGAAAGCUGACGGAACCUGCCACACAGACUUCAAGAAGACGCGAUCAAAAGAGGAUGUUAUGCAGGUCCUCCAGGACUUCGUCGGAGGGAACGCAAACAUAAUUAAGUCUUAUGUGAAGAGGCUGGAAGACAUUCAACAAGCCCUGAGGACAUCAGAGUUCUUCAGGAACCAUGAGGUCAUCGGGAGUUCUUUGCUGUUCAUUCACGAUCACACUGGGAGAACUGAAGUUUGGCUCAUAGACUUCGGGAAGACCACCGCCCUGCCGGAGGGGCAGACCCUGGAUCACUUCCAGCCCUGGCAGGAAGGCAACCGUGAGGACGGCUACUUAUGGGGGCUUGAAAACCUUCUACACUUACUUGCCUCUCUGACCAGCGGGUGA